UGGCAAAUAAUGCCACUUUUUUCGUUAUUCGUUUUGUUUAUUUUAGCUAUCAGCGGAAAGUGUUGAACCUAGGAAGCUCGCCAAAGCUGGAGCUGCUGCAUUGGAGGUUGUCACUGAGCAGCAAGUGCUCAUUCAAUCCGUCAGUGAGACCCUGGCCUCGACACUUGCAAGCGAGGAUGUCGCUCUGCUCCUUCCAUUACUAUCCAGUGUUGUCCUUUUGGCGCAUUAUACCCCUAAUGAAAUGAUAGAAAUAGUUGAUAAUAUUUGCGGCGAAAUUGAGAAAAGCCAGAGGACUAUGUUUGAUGGUGAUGUUGAUUCGGAAUUGGUGGAAUAUUUGAACUUAAAACUUGAUGAUAAUUAA